GAAGCAAAGGACGCCCUUAGCAACGGCGCGGCGGUUGCUAAGGGCUACCCGAAUUCUCGCGAGAUUCCCGCCCGGCUGUUGCUACAGGCGACGCGAGUUCUCGCGAGACUCCCGGGAGAUGGCGGAGGCGGCGGCGGCCAAGAUGGCGGAGGCGGCGGCGGAGCUGCUGGAGCGGGCGGCGCGGCGGGACGCGGCGCUGGAGGAGCUGCGGGCCCUGCGGGUCGCCCUGGAGGCCGUGCCGCCCGCCACCCUCCGCCCCCGCCUCGGCGAACACCACCUGGGGGCGCUCUUCGGCCUCCUCGCCGUCAAUGACCGCGAACAGGUGUCCGCGUGUGUUUCCAUCCUGGAGAGGCUCCUGCAGGCCCUGGACCCCCUUUACGUGAUCCAGAACCUCAGGGAAGAGCUGCAGAAGGGCCUUUUCCACCCCGACGACUCCGUGAAGAUCCUCACCAUGUCCCAGGUUGGGAGGAUUGUUGAAGACUCAGCUGCUGUCACAGAAAUUCUCCACAGCCCUGAGCUGUUACGGCAAAUCAUAAACUGCAUUGGUGGGGAGAAAAUAGCAGUGGCCAAAGAGGCCAUUAAAUCUCUGUCAAGAAUAGCCCAGAGCAAGGAGGGUUUGGAGGCUCUGUUUGGGAGCAGUUUGUUGAGUGACCUGAGGAAUGUCAUGGCCACGAGUGACGUUGUUCGGUACAGGGUCUAUGAGUUAAUUGUGGAGAUUUCAUCAGUGUCAGCAGAGUCUCUGAAUUACUGUGCAAACAGUGGGUUAAUCCCUGAGUUAAUUGGGGAGCUGACUGGAGAGGAUGUGCUGGUCAGAGCCACGUGCAUAGAGAUGGUGACCUCGCUGGCCCACACCCCCCACGGGCGGCAGUACCUGGCUCAGCAAGGAGUCAUCGACAAAAUCUCCAACAUCAUCCUGGGGGCUGAAUCAGAUCCCUUCUCCAGCUUCUAUCUGCCAGGAUUUGUUAAAUUUUUUGGCAAUCUGGCAGUUGUGGACAGUCCCCAGCAGAUCUGUGAGCGCUACCCUGUCUUUAUGGAAAAAGUCUUUGAAAUGGCAGAAAGUCAGGAUCCAACCAUGAUUGGAGUGGCUGUGGACACACUGGGAAUCCUGGGAUCAAAUGUGGAAGGCAAACAGGUUUUACAGAAAUCUAGAAGUAGAUUUCAAAAUCUCUUAAGCAAAAUAGGGCACCAGGCCAAGAAUGCCCCCACUGAGUUACGGCUUCGGUGCUUGGAUGCGAUUUCAUCUCUGCUUUACUUGCCUCCAGACCAGCAGACAGAAGAUCUUUUAAGAAUGACUGAAUCCUGGUUCACAUCCCUGUCCAGCCAGCCCCUGGAGCUGUUCAGGAGCAUCAGUACUCAGCCAUUCCCUGAUCUCCACUGCGGGGCUUUACGGGUGUUUACUGCCAUUGCAAAUCAACCAUGGGCCCAGAAGCUGAUGGUGAACAGCCCAGGGUUUGUGGAGUACGUUGUGGACAGAUCUGUGGAACCUGACAAAGCUUCAAAGGAUGCUAAAUACGAACUGGUGAAGGCCCUGGUGAACUCCAAAACCAUUGCAGAGAUUUUUGGCAAUCAGUACUACCUGAGGCUCAGGGCUUACCUGCAUGAGGGCCCCUAUUAUGUUAAAGCAGUUUCUACUACAGCUGUGGAAGGAGCAGAAUAAUGUCCUUGGUGUCUGGAGUCCCCUUCCUGCAGAACACAGUCCUUUCACAGGUGUUGAGGUACAAAGGUGUAAAAACUCUCCACACUGGAGGUUGUCUCUUUAAAGGAACAUGAAGAUAUUUUGGCUCUAUUUGAAAUGAGUCAGGAGAGCAAAUUAAAGGCUGUUUGAUAUUUUCCCCUAAAAUGUCAUGGCAGAAGUUCCCUGUAUGCUUCAUGGUACAGGUAACCCAGGUGAGCACUUAGCAGCUGCUGACUGUGUUUUAUUUGGCAGGAUUUAUCAGUGUUUGUUUAAAUUGUUCUUUGGUUUGGAAUUUCUGUUGUGUUUUCUCAGUAGGUUACAGUUCAGUUAAAAAAAAACCACCAAAACACCUCAAGAUUUGUAACCUCAGAUGCUGCCAUAAUUUCUAUUCUUUUUUAAUUCGUUUUUUUACCUGCCAAAGUUGGCAUUUGCAUGGAACACUCUUUGUUCUGUCAGAAUCCUGUUGCUGAAUAAGCCAGUGACUGUCCACGAGGGAGUAUGGAUUGGAUUCUCUUGUUUUCAGCCUGCUGGAUGUGAACCUUGCUGGAAUAAAUAAUCUUAAAUAUUGUUUA